ACCGAUCAUUCGAAUCGACUCUCCUACUGCCGCUAUAAUGACAUAUUUAUUCAAUAAAAGAAUUUCCCCUUCGAUGGCUUUAGGGGAAUGGGAGAUUCUCAAAGCUAGUCUAACCUUUAAACUAUAUCAUCGAGGUAGUUGGUUCGUUCGGCAGAUUACAGGUCGUCAACUGCAGUUUAUCAAUCGUCUAGGGUCAGAGUCGUUAGAGAGGGCGAUCUCCUGGCAUCCAUUCCUGUGGUCUCGAGGAUGUACAGAAUCCUGCGUCCAGACACAAGGCGAAUCGAGAGGACCCUUACUAGUCAAGACCAGAAUUCCGAAGAGGACUAAAACUAGGCUUAGUUAUUUAAUUUCUCAGCUUAUAUAACCAACCACCAAGAGGAUCCCUACGAAAGAAAAC